CCAAUACUUUCUAUACAGAAGUAAGACAAGCCAAUGGCAAAUAGUGUGGAUGGUCAAGAUGACAAGCAGACUGUCACAGUCUUACUGUUAGGAGACCCUGAAUGUGGCAAAACGACAUUUCUAUCAUCUUUGAGAAACACCCAUCGCAGACUCACAGGCCAAACACCACCCGGCGCAAGCGGGGCAGAAUUGCUGCGCGAUACCGAUCAACCAUUCUUGUUUGACAUUCGCUUCACCAAGAAAGUAUUUACUUUGGAAGCCUACGAUGUAGCAAGCCCCAACCAACACUGGACGACACUCAAACCAGAUGUUGUACUUCUGGCAUUUGAUAUCUCGAAUCGGGAGACGUUAGCCGGGCUCAAAGCUUGGCGACAUGACAUUAUCAGAUAUUUCCAACGUGGCCAGGGUGAACGCAUCCCUGUUAUGUUGGUAGGCCUGAAGAGGGACCUUCGAAAAGAAGGCGAGGGGAUCAUUUACCCGCAAGAAUCUUAUCGGAUUGCACAGGAGCUCCGCUGUGACCGGUAUGCAGAAUGUUCUGCUAUCACUGGGGAGCUUUUGGUCGAGACUUUUGAGGACCUGGCUAGGCUUGCAGGUAUGAUGACUACUGAGACGGGAGGACAGACUGCGGGUGGUUGUGUCAUUCUCUGAGGGCUGGUAGAUGUGUAGAUGUUAUGUGAAUUGUGGUGAUACAUUGGCCAUCACUUACAUGACUUGAAGGAUUGGAGUUUUUGUUAUGAGGGAUGAAGUGAAUACCUAGUCGUGGGUCAUCUCGUCUUCUGGUUACCUGGGCAGUGGAUAACUGGUCACGACCUACAACGGUACCUGGACGUAAUCCUAGGUAACUACAUCA